AGUUUUAGUACCCCGAACAACAUAGAAGGUAAUUAUCCGCGAAUGUCCUGCUCACCGCCGCCCUCUAUUCCCGUGUCUCCUCCUCGUCUCCUCCUCUCAGUAGCCCAGCCGCCCAGCAUUUCUCUACCCCGCUCAUGCGAUGUACUUCAGUCCCUCAGCGUCGUCUCCUGGACCUCCUCCAUCGGCCACCUCGCCCGCCGUGGCCAUCUCGCCGCCGCCGCCGCCGAGUUCUCCUCCAUGCUCUCUUCCCCAUCCUCCCCCAACCACGUCACUUUCAUCACUCUCCUCUCCGCCUGCGCCGACUUCUCCUCCUCCCCUUUCUCCUUCCCUCUCGGCCGAUCCUUGCAUUCCCUCGCCCUCAAGCUAUCCCUCUUCUCCUCCCCCCGCUCCCUCCUCCUCCUCACCACCGCCCUCUUAGAUUUCUACUUCAACGCCGGCUUCCCCGACCUUGCCCGCCAGCUAUUCGAUCGAAUGCCUCUACCAAACCAUUACACCUACAACGCCGUGAUCGCCGGACACAUGAAGAACGCCCAGAUCAACGAAGCGUUGGACAUCUUCCACCAAAUGCCUGCCAGAGAUCUAGUAUCUUGGACUGCCAUCAUCGGCGGCUGCGUUAAGAACGGGCAGGCAGAAUAUGCAUUGGAGCAUUUUCGACAGAUGCAGAUCGAUGGAAUCGAUCCCGAUUACGUGACCGCCAUCGCCGUCGCCGCCGCUUGCUCCGACCUCGGCGCUCUAGGGCACGGCCUGUGGCUUCAUCACCUCGCGCUUAAGCGAGGGAUUCUGGAAAACGUGCGGGUCGGGAACGCACUAAUCGACAUGUAUUCCAAGUGCGGCCAUGUAGAUUAUGCUCGGCAGAUGUUCGACCAAAUGCCGAAGCGAACGCUGGUUAGCUGGAACUCCAUGAUCACGGGGCUCGCAGUUAACGGUUGCUCCACAGAGGCUCUCUCACUAUUCUCAGCACUGCAAUGGUCGGAAUUUGAGCCCAACAGCGUCAGCUUCACCGCCGCACUCGCCUCUUGCAGCCACGCCGGGUUGGUCGACGAUGGGCUUUAUCUGUUUCAAUUGAUGCAGACGAAGUAUGGGAUCGAGGCAAGAGCAGAGCAUUAUGGAUGCCUGGUGGAUCUGUUAGCUCGUGCCGGGCAGUUGGAGGAAGCCCUAAGUUUGGUGAAGGAAAAGCCGAAUGAGGUAAUGCUGGGGUCUCUCAUGGCGGCCUGUCGGGUGCACGGGGAUGUGAAGCUGGCGGAGAGAAUGUUGGCUCUUCUUGUGGAGGUGGAGCCUGAGACUGAUUCGAACUAUGUUCUGAUGUCGAACAUCUAUGCGGCCAUGGGGAGGUGGGAGGGGGUGGGGAAGGUUCGGAGCAUGAUGAAGGAGCUGGGAGUGAAGAAGAAGCCAGGUUUCAGUGCAGUAGAAAUUAGUGGUAUUGUCCAUCAGUUUGUGGCUGGAGAUGGAGCUCAUGCCAAGACUGAUGAGAUAUAUGGGUCGUUAGAUCUGCUUCAUUUUGAUUUAGGGUUUUAUGGUUAUGAGCCUAAUGAAGAAGGCAGUGGAACUAUUGAUGAAGAAUUUUCUGAACAAUAUAUAUAAAUUGAGGGAGACGAACAAACUGUUAGAAGGAGCAUGAAAGAGUAAGCCUAUUAGAGUUAAAGGUGCUGAUUUUAUUGCCCUAUAUGGAAUGAGGGCUUGGAAAGAGUAAAGUGAAGAAGAAAGGCUUAUUUAUGGCUUACUAAUAUAUUGGAUUGGAUUUGAACUGCAAAACUAUAUUAAGGGUCAAACUCACCCAAUCAACCCUAAGGAUGGUACUUGUUGAGCUUGGCUUGAAUGAUCUCACCAGUCUAACUCAUGUUAGCGCGGUUGAAUUCAAGGGGAUUCAUCGGUUGGACCAUGCGGAUUCACCAGCCCAACUCAACAAGUAUGAUUUACCAAUUACAUAAAUAUCAUCUUUAAUUAACCCUUGGUAGAUUUUAGUUUUAAACUCAAUUACAUA